GUUGUAGGCAUUUUACGACUCCAGUUAGCUUUAAACAAAAAAAAAGGACCGAUUCCCACACCGACUCCGAUUCUCACUAAACGCCCAGAUCUGUUGUCAGGCAUUCAUUCCGGCAAAUGAAAGGGAGAGGUGCCGUGGCUAGAUAAUCUUAAACGUUGUUUGCAAUGAUUGAUCUGGUGGCUAAGGGAGUAACGCUGUACCUGUGUCGCAGAACAGCCGAAAGUGAACGGCUCAGUGAACACAUUUAAUUUCCCUAUAGGAGUUUAAACCGUGGUUCUACAAUUGUGGUCGUUUUCUGACUCAGUAGUGUGUGUCACCACAGGAUGUAAGGGGAUUUAUGGUGAUCUUCUCAACGGUAAGGAUUUAAGUUAUCAUUUUUUUUUUUUUGCUAAUGAAAAUAGGUCAGUACAUUUAACUAUAGAUACGUUUAUAUACCGCUUCUACGAUGCAAGAUGUAGAAAAAACUGUUUAAAAAAAAUGUAAACAAAAACUCAAAUUCUUAAAAUAUUUUCUUUUUCUUUUUAAAUCCAUAACAAAAACUUGAGCCGGAAAAUUGGAACUAAAUAAGUUGGCACACCUUUAAAUUAAACUAUCAGUUUAGUCAUUAAAACUCGAAUUCAAUAAACUUGAAAGUUGAUGUUAUUUUAAUAAAUAAAGUUAAAUAAAUUUUUUUUUAAAAACUUGUUAAUUUACACCAUCUAACUUUAGCUCAUGUCAUUACGCUUUUCUGGUAUGUUUUUUUUUUGUGGAAAUCAAAUGUUCUUAAAUAAUAUCAUUCAGAAUAAAAGGAAUCGAAAUUAAAAACGACAAGAAAUAAAUAAGCUGUCUAAUGAACAUACAUUAUAAAAAUAGUUUCCAAUUUUUUCUCCUCCCUUAACUACAUGUUGAACUUUUCACUAAACCCACCAAGCAAGCUCUGCAGAAAAGAGAAGCAUUCAGUACAUGGUUGGAGUCAUAAAGUCUUAAAACUGAAUAGUAGGGCCUAAUCUAUUUGAAUAGUAUCCAGCUCCCAGUUGUAGGACGACGAUUUAAGAUCGAUAUUUUUUUUACUGUUUGCCAAAAUAUAAAUACAUGUUUCUUUUUGCCUCCACUAUAAGAAUAUUGUGCCCCCAUAGUUUAAUAAAUGCAAAAAUAUGCUCGUAAAUGAAGUCUUCUAUAAAGAUGCAUGUAUUCUUGCCACCUCCAACUUUUUGACAGGGUACACGCCAGUGCGCACGCUUGUAGUCAACGUCAAAAUAACCAGGCUAGAUUUAAGUCCAAGACUAUAUGGCCUCAAAGCUAUUCACCUUGUUCCAUUGUGUCACUGAGAAUGGUACGUCCUCUUGUUGAAAGCCAAGUUUUCAGCCUUACAGAUUGGUGGUUCCGUUAAGGCUUUCUAUUAUAUUAUAAAGCAUGAAGUCGUUAUUUUGUACCCCCACCCUUUCUUCAGCAAACUAUACAUGACUCUAACGCCUGAGUCAAAGUUAAUAGCAAAUCGAUUUUUCUUAAACCCAUUAUUAUUAAAAAUAUUGACUACUAUUUUAUAUUAGAUCUAGUGCACCGUAAGAGAUGGUGUUUCCACUACGAAUGCACAAUCAAGUUUUUGUCACACUAAUUUUUUUAUUUUUUUUUGGGGGGGGGGUGGGCUUUAGUAACAACCUUUAACAACCUUGUAACAUGGUUAUUUAAAGAUAAGUUGUCUGUGAAGUAACAUUUUAGUUUAAGCCGCCUACACCAUUUUUGUGUGUGUGUGCAAAGUAUGGCGUUAUGGUUCACUGAUCUUAUAAGCUCUACCCAUUAAGGUAAAGCAGCAAUCGGGUAAACUCUAAAAGGAAUAAUUUAACCUGCUCUUAACCGUCCCCUAGUUGAUCAAGUCUUCUGUUUAUUUUCGUCACUGUGUUUAAUGUUUAAAAAAAAAACAAUAUCACAUAACAAAAUAACUUACAUCCCAUUGCCUUACGGAGCCGACAUUUGUUAUUGAAACCCAAACGAUAAAUACAACCAAAAUAAAUAAAAACAAUAUUUACAAAAAAAAAAACAAGAAAAAAAACCCAAUUAGUUGCAUUUGUUAAAAAUUUAACAAAUCCAAAGUAUUACUGUAGUGGUGAUGAGGCUAUUCCUAAAUAUCACAAAUCUUAAGUAUUACUGUAGAGGUGAUGAGGCUAUUCCUAAAUAUCUCAAAUCGUAAGUAUUACUGUAGUGGUGAUGAGGCUAUUCCAAAAUAUCACAAAUCUUAAGUAUUACUGUAGAGGUGAUGAGGCUAUUCCUAAAUAUCUCAAAUCGUAAGUAUUACUGUAGUGGUGAUGAGGCUAUUCCAAAAUAUCACAAAUCUUAAGUAUUAAUAUAAUGAAAAGGCUACUCCAGUAGAGGCCUCUUUAACAUAGCACGGCAUCAUGCAGUGUUUGAAUAAUGCAUGCUUCUGAAAUGGGUCGGUCGGUCAUCUUUCUCUUACAGCCGAAUGAUACAAAACUUAACCAAAUUUAAAGGAGGAGGAUGAACUCACCAAUUUAUACAUUAAAUCUAUCUGGUCAAAACGAACAGGAAGUUUCAGUCUUUUAAUUUUGUAAGCCUUAUCAUUGGAUAAUUUAAUCGCUUUGCCAACAAUUGAAAAGAAGGGCAGAUAAUAAUUCCAAAUGCAAGAUUUCUUUCCCUUUUCAAUAUAGGAUUCAAUAAUAUUGAAAUCUAACAUUUGUCUUCUGCUCACAAAAAAAAAAAAAAAAAAAAAAAAUUUUAAAGAAGGAUUUCUUUUCCAAUCCAAUUUUUAAAUUUUUUUUGGGGAGGGCUGUCGAAGCCAACUAUCUAACGAUACAUGUUUAUUGAUAAGUUUAUGCUGGCGUCUGACUUAUCAUUCCAAUGAUUUGCGUCAAGGGAUGGGCUUCAGUGGUCGAUUUUUAAUCUCCUGAGUAAAACCAAUUUGUUUAAAGAAAAACACAUCAAAAUGUGAAAGGAAGACAGACACGUUAAGGUCAACAUGUGUUGAAUCAGAAUAAAUAAACCACCAAUGACAUGGCAGUACGAGCCGUUGGUUGCAACUCCUGCGUUACCGACAGAAAUAUCAAUAAAUAGUGGCUUUGAUUUGAUACAAACAUGAACCUGUAAGAUGCAGUCCUUUGAAACCAGUAGAAGCUAAGUUCAUGUUAGGGUCCUUUAUGGAAUCUUCCCGAAUGGUUUCAACAUAUGAGACAUGUGCAUCUCACGCAAAUCCCCACUACGUUGCAUGAAGGGAGAGUAUCUAGGUCAGUGGUUCUCGACCUUCCUAAUGCCGCGACCCUUUAAUGCAGUUCCUCAUGUUGUGGCGACCCCCCAGCUACAAAAUUAUUUUCGUUUAUUACUUCAUAACUGUAGAUUAUGUGUUUUCCGAUGGUCAUGAUGCAACCCCUGAGAAAGGGUCGUUCGACCUCCAAAGGGGUCGCGACCCACAGGUUGAGAACCGCUGUUCUGGGUAGUCGUUUCCUACAAGAAAACAUCAUUAUAGACGUAGCGAAAACCAAAAACCCCUCCAAAAAAAAUUUGAAAACAAAAAUUAACGGAAGGGGAAGUUCUAUAAUACACGACCCCAAACUCUUAAGAAGAAUAAAGUGUCAGUUGACCGAGGGGUUUAUAAGGGGAAAUCGAUCAGGAAACGCACGCCCCAGUGAAAUACGCCAGCGGUGUAAUCGUAAUAGGAGAACAAGGUAUAUUGAAGCCUGAAAUAGAAAGACAGGCCAAUAAAAUAUGAAUGUUUCGAGCCUCCAUUUGGACUGUCUGGGGAAGGCUCAUAACUGAAACGUUCUUCUUGUACUGUCCUGUCUUUCUGUUUCAAGCCUCCACACAACUUGUUCUUCUAUUUACUUCACACAACUUCAACGCAAUUCCUUCCCUUUAUUAUUGUUUAAUUCUAAUAGUUUUUUCUCUCUUUCCAUCCGAUCUUUCACUUUCAUUUGCUAAAUUAAUGUUUUUGCCUUUGUAUGAAUGUACAACAAUACAACUUGGGGAAGAAAUUUAUUUAAUUCUGCUUUGUGUGAUGGUAAAAAAAAAAAAAAGAUAUAAGCGUGCCACUUCAGGCACGCGUGUCAGCUAUUGUCCACCAUUGUAUUAAAGUGUGUUUACCGUUCACCAAACAGUUGACGCACUGGGUCAAAGUUCGUGCCAGGUUUCCAAACGACGCCUACCCAAACAGUCGCACUAAACAGCCGGGGAUCAGCUGGCCAUGUAGAGAUUGCUAUCCGCAGAUAUUAAUCACAAGUUUCGGGCGCCCCCGGUUCUAGUCAAUGCACGGCGCUUACAAGCAAACAAUAAAUCCAGGGAGAGUAAACAAAAAAAACUGUAAGGGGAAAUAGAACAUUUGUGCUUGGUGUGUUGGAGGAUAUUUCUCAAUUUAUUUGUCGGCCGCUGAAGUAACGGCUGCGUGGGUUUUCAGUUCAAGUUCACUAUGGACAUUCAACAAAAUUCAGUAGUGAACACAGCGCCGUUGAGUAGGAGUCAUACUUCUGUGACUCAGAUUCCAACCACUAAUGCUAAGAUUAAUUAUUCGAUAUUUGUUACGGGUAGAUUGUAAACAAGAGAAUGAAAACCCUGUUUUGGGUGUUGUCCACAUUGAAAAAAAAAAGAUUUAGAGGAAUUUUCAUUCUAGCCUAGGGUGACCAAACGUCCCGUAGAAACGGGAUUGUCCCGUUUCUUCACGAUCGUACCGGGUGUCCCCGAAAAAGUCUCUCGGGACAACUAAAUGUCCCGUUUCUAAAACAAAACACAUUUUCAAAUCACUCAAACUUCUAAUUUAUAAUAUAACCUCAAGUAAAUAGUGCCCCCCCCCAACCCUAGUUGGGUGUGUCCCGUUUUUUUCCAUUUCAUGAUUUGGUCACCCUACUCUAGCCUUGCAGCCAUGGUUGUCAAUUGAGAUAUCCAUUAAAAAACAACAAAAAAACUGUGGAUUGUUUUAUUUAUUUGGCAUCGCAUUCCAAGAUCAUGUUUAUAAUACACGAGCUUUUGUGAUGUUCAAAUACGGAGCUGUUGGAUUAAAAUGAAUCGACUUUUUUGUUUAACAAUGCGAUACGUCCACGUAAAGUUGAAGUUGGGUUUUAUACAAAGGUUGAAUUAAUUUUGACCCUAAAUGAAAGAACGCGUUGGUAUCAUAAUGUUGAAGUCACAAUUUUACAUGUUUCUUUUAAGGAGUACUCAAUUCUCAAAACGUACUUUUUUUUUUUAAAGCAAUCGAUAACAUUUUAUCUCAAGUCAAGGUCAUUCAGUGAGACUUUUGCUGGACCUGAAUUGGAGUGAUACACGUUAAGCCAACAAAUUUUUAAAAUAUAAAAAAAACUUAAAAAUGUGAUGAUUUUUUCCCCUUAUAUAUUAUAUUUGUAGUUGACAGACUAAACGUUCUAACGAAAUUCAUAAAAAAAACAAGGUUGUUAUAGUAUGAAUACAAAAUCGUCUUGGUUAUAGCUUCCUCACAAAAAAAUUCCCAGGUACCUUACUUUGUGAAAUAAAAAACUUUAUGACUAUUCUUAUCUUCUUAAAUAUUACAGAGGAAAAGCUUUGAGCAGUCUCUGAUUAACAAAGUCGCCCUGGUUCAUUUUCUGUCUUAACUCAUUGCGAAUUUCCAUAAUGCUAUGCAAGUCUUCAAAUUAUUAUAUUUUGUGUUAUUUUAAAAAAUAAAUGUUUGUUUUCAGAUCCACCAAAGUGUGUGCCGCUGAAGUAACCAUGGCAACGUGUGAUGAUAUCCCAUACACUGACACAAAGUAAUCCCAUCGCAGCCCCAUAGGCCACGAGAAUGGGGUGCGGAAGUUCAAAGAGCACAGGGGCUGGCGGAGAUGGAGCACCCAAACAGAGUGGUGCCAGGAACGAUAACCCUCCCAUAGAUCCGGUAAUUUGAUGAUUUCGGUCAAAACGCAUUUAUAGAAUGUUUAAAAAAUAAAAUAAUUGUGCUUUUUAACUCUCUAAUCCAGUGGUUCUCAACCUUUCUGAUGCCGCGACCCAUUUAAUACAGCUCCUCAUGUUGUGGCGACCCCCCCCCCCCACCAAAAAAAAAUAUUUUAGUUGAUACUUUAUAACGCUAGAGUAAAUGAUGUUUCAAAUGGUCUUAAACCUUUCUGAUGCCGCGACCCAUUUAAUACAGCCCCUCAUGUUGUGGCGACCCCCCCCCCCACCAAAAAAAAAUAUUUUCGUUGAUACUUUAUAACUGUAGAGUAAAUGUGUUUUCAAAUGGUCUUAGGUGACCCCUGUAAAAGGGUCGUGCGACCCCCAAAGGGGUUGCGACCCACAGGUUGAGAACCGCUGCUCUAAUCUGUCACUUCCUUUAAAUGAAUCAACUUAAAAAAUAAAAUACAAUUAGUCAUAAAGACUGUUUGAUUAAGUAGAGUCAAUUUUUUUCAUUUAAAAAAUAAAGAAAGGAAAAUAAAAGAAAGGGAAACAAAAGAAAAAAAAAGACGAUAGAAAACAAAAAGAAAAAAGAAAGAAAGAAAAAAGAAAGAAAGAAAGAAAGAAGAAAGAGAAAAAAAAAAGAAAGAAAAAAGAAAGAAAAGAAAGAAAUGAACCUGUUUCCAAUAUCAACCUUGGUUAAUUUUAGGUGUGCAAUUUUAGAUAAAUUCGUAACCCAAAGUUUUAUUCAAAUGCAACGUCACUUUAAAACAGAUUAAUGUGCCUGACCUUGACCCCAAGUACCCAGCACCGACACCGCCGCCAAACGGAAGAGAUCAGAUCUACAAACCUGCGGAGUAUUCAGCCAUUGAUGCACGGGUCAAGCAGGUAAGGGGGCCACGCUCUGCCAUUGUCAGAAGAGACGACUGUCUUGACAUUAGAGAAUAAAUAAUGAUCAAAUUGAACUCUUGAAUGAAAUGCUGACAUGAGAUCUUCUCUGCCUUAAUCUCUCAUUAGUUGUUAGCCUCCCAACCAUUUUUUUUACAUCACGCAUGUAUCUCUUUUUUUUAUUGUAUAAAAAAAGCUAAGACAGUAUCAGUAUAUAUAUUUAAUAUUGCGCCGAGUUGUCUACCAUAUUUCGAUUUCGGUGGUUGAGCAUUCAUUAAAAAAAAAAUUUGACACAAAGUGUAACCAUUUACCAAAGAAUUGCUGCCUCACUAGGAUGACAAGUUCAUUCUGCUCCGCAUCACAGAUAUACUUUUUCAGAUUAUUAUUUUUUGCUAUCUGCUGUUUACAUUAAUUAGAUAAAGGUAUACACAAUCUAAACGUAAAGCUGGGCGUACCGAGCACUGUCACAUCGACACAUACUUCAGUAGGCUAGACGAUAAACAGGGACCCAACCUGCCGGCAUUGCAGUCUCGUCCCCGGAAACUCUAGCGCAUUUGUUGACCGAAAAGACCGUCACUAGACGUUUGGGGGGGGGGGUGAGGCCAGGGCAGCGGGAGAGUUGAUUGCCAAUGUACUAGCCGGAAUUAUAAGAGAGUAAUUUCAGACCCUCAACAGAAUAUGUGCGUUAGUUAGCUGGGCUCGAAUUUUAUCAUUGUUGUGUGUGCUUUUUUCACCCCCCCACCCCUCCAUCAGCAACUCAAUAGCAUUCGACCAACAACCUAUGACGCCCUCAUCAAGUCACUAUGCGCAAACUGCACCACAGACCUACAGAAGCUUCGCGCCAUCAUGGUCUGGUUGUUCCAUCAGGAUAUUUACGGUUCCUUCUACAACGGCGUCACCGACCCCUACACUCCAAGGGGUUACAUGAAGCUAAUGAAACAAGGCAGUGGAUCCUACGAGUCUUUCUUCACCCAGCUGUGCAGGUUUGUGUCAUACUCAUGGGCGUGUCCGACAAGGAGAAAACAAUUUGGGGGAGGCAAAGAGCUCUAUUUAUGUAUAAUAAAAGAAAUAAGUUUAACACUUUUAAAUAAUUACAGGGCCUUCUAGAAUAGCACAGAAAGAAGAAUGUGAGUGAGAAUAAAGAAACAUGUUUUGGUCUGCCGCCAGAAUUCAGUGUUUGGGCAUGAAAGUAGAAUUAAUGACAUCGAGCGGGGAAAAUUGAUUCAUUUCAUUUUAGAGCAUUUUGAUUCUGAAACCUUGAAUUUGUUUGUCAGUAGUUUUAUUUACAUUACUGUUCCAUUGUUCGACAAUGCAGAAAUCUAUACUUUAAUUUGAAAUUAAGAAGAUGGAUUUAAAAAAAAAAAAAUAAAAAUAAAUAAAUCGUACAGUAUAUAGAUUGAUUGUCAUUCUUCCAGUCAAAAUAUCCCCAGAAAUUGUUUGAGCUGUUAAUGAAUACCUUCCAAUGACAUAAUUUAAAAAAAAAAAAAUAACUAUGACUAAGCAGCAUGUAAGUUAUAAUAGUUAUAUAUUAUUAAUGAAGCUACGGCAGUGUAAACUCGGUACACUAUUGUUGUAGUUAAGGUAAAUUUUUCCAUUUUUUGUGCCCCACCAGAGCUGCCGGAAUUCAAUGCGUGGUCAUCAGGGGCGUGGCCAAAGGGGACAAAUAUGACGUGGGGCAGCAAGACAUGACCCAGCUGGAGAGCGCUUGGAAUGGUGUCUAUGUCGCAGGGGGCUGGAGGCUGGUCCACCCUCUGUGGGCGAUCUUCAAAGAAAAGAAAAUCAAUAAGAAUGGGUAGGUUUGUUUAAGGUAAACAAGGUUGCGAGUUCAGGUUUUCGAAAGUUGUUCAGGCAAUUAAAUAAGAAAAAGAGAAGUAGAAUGGUUCGUAGCAUAAAAAGAAAAUUAUUGGCUACAAAAUAAUAGAAGUUUUUGAAUUUUAAUUAAUACGAUAUCAAUGGCACACGUGAUUCACUAAUAAAUAUAACAUGUUAUCUGGAAUACAUAUUAAAUAUGUGUACAGAAUACAUGAUUCAGGAAAUUUCGGAUCAGUAGGUUGAAUUUGGAUUCCAUUCUUUUAAAAUACAUAUUUCUUACGUAAUAUCAUGAUCGUUUAGUAUAAUCAAUAUCCAAUUAUAAUGAUUGAUGAGGAAUAUUUGGUUUUCCCUCUUAGUGGGGUUGCUUUGUUGUCAAGCUGGUUUCUUCUAUGUAUAUGUGCUUAUUCUGAAAUAGGGUAUUAGUUCAACGAAUGAGGAAAAAAAUGACUUUGAAUUGAUUACUAUUUCAUGUAUGAGUAUAGAUCAAUGGUUAUAUCCAACAUAUGGCGUUCACUUUCUGUGUCACACAUAUUUUACACCCCCCCCCUCUGUUUGGAAUAUAGAAAACAAAAAUAUUACUUAAAUUUCGAGUACGAUCUCCCAAUCAUUUCGUCAUUUAAAAAGGAGUUGUAAGGCCUCAGGGGCAUGUGAAUGCACUCAGUUUUUCAAAUCUCUGUCAAGUUUCUGAGAGUCUCAUCACUUUUCGUUACAUCUGUAUUCCGCCACACCGUGCAGAGUCUUCAUAGUCUCAACGUCUGUAACUUUUCUCUAACUUGGUUAUUUUUCUCGUCUUAAUCCAGCAAACCGCCAACUCCGGGGACCAAGAACCCAUCCCUGGACGACUUCUUUUUCCUGAUCGACCCCAACAAGAUGAUCUGCUUCUGUAAGCCUCACGCCGACCCUUGGCAGCUCCUCAAGGUGAAGUGGGAACACCGGAAGUUUGUCAAAAGCCCCAAAUUUACCCAACACUAUUUCACUUCCGGUCUCAUGUUGCCCAAAAAAUACAACGCCAUAAUAUACAGCGACAACGGCAUCUGCGUCAUAGACUUCGACCACCAGUCGUACGCCGAGCCGACCAUAGACGCUAAGGUUAAGUUUAUUCAGGAGAUGUCCAGCGACGAGAUGCCGGCCAACGUAAACCUAAAUGACUACACCGUUCGGGCGGGCUCAUCCACUAGAAAAUCUGUAGUGAUUCGGUUCCCGGUUCGGGGCCGAUACGAGGUAGAUGUAUUCGGAGGCACGGAGGCGAAGGAGCCGAAGAUCGUAGAGUUUAGGAUAGAGUGCGAUGACGUGGGCAGGAGCCCGCAGCCUUUCCCGAUGAACCCGGCCAACGGGUUCGGACUUCAGCCCGCCGCAAGUCAGUUCGGUAUCUCAGAUCCGGUUCCGGAUUCCGGAAUCAUCCAGGUGAGACCCGCCCAGGUGAAACACUUCUCGUUUACGUGCACGCAGAAGCUGGAGGCCCAGGCCAGCUUGUUCCACAACACGGUGAACUCGGAGAGCUUCGAGGAUUUCAUCACGACUAAAGCCAUGCCGGACGAGGUGCACGUCACCGUGGCCGUGCCGGACGAGCCUCAUUUAGAGUAUGCCUUGCAGGUCAGUGAAGUGUGGAGUGAUCACUAACACGAGUAGAGCAGCUCUUUUAACCCCACGUGUGCUUAGAUUAGCAGACCAGAGCCCUAUAUGGGCUGUAGUGUCAUUGGUGAUGAUGAUACGUGAUUAGAUUAGGUCUGGUAAAAAGAUAGUAACGCUUUAUUUUGGAGAUUAAGACCUACACGGACAUAAUGUAUUAGGACUUAUCUCAAAGCAAGCGUGAAUACAUGUUAUGUUUGUAACGUUUUUGUCUAUCUUAGGGUUGAUAUUGAAAUACUAACACAGUCGGAUGAUAGAUCCAGAAAAAAAACAGGAGAGAAUAAAGUGUCUUAUUGCGUUUUUAAAGCUUACUUCUGGGAACAGAAACUAAUUAAAGACCCAUUAGUUCACAUCUACUAUCUCGUUUAUAUGUUGAUACAGAGGUAUUCAACACAAAUUUCUUUAAUUUAUUGAAUACAUUCUAUAAUUUUCCACAUCUUCCUAACGUUCAAUGUUUCAGCGGGUGCAAUAUAAUUCCACACAUUUUGUGUUCAUUAACUAUGAAUUAGUCUUAAGGAUAUCUCUACUUUUUUUUCCUACAUUCUGUCAAUGUUCGUGACAAAAAACACCGAUAUUUAGAGCACCUGUUUACCUUAACGUCAAGAACACAUAUUGGCUAUCGGCUGCGGACAGCCAAGUCCAAGCUUCCUAUCAUAGACACAGCCAUAGUUCAUUUUGUAUUUAGCGAUUCAAAUUUGUUAAUGGUUAGAAAUACAUUCUUUUAACUUUUAUGUUAUUUGAAUAGAAAGCCCACGGCUACACGUGACUAUUUAAGGAUACAUUUUUGUAAAUCUUAAUUUUUUUUAUUACAAACAUGUUAUUUAAGUGAAUUUGCGUGUUUACAUCAGCAUUUUAAAAUUUGUUUGUUAAAAAGAUAUAUUUGAAAAAAUUAUGGCAUUUUUUGAAACUUUAAAAAAAAAAAAAAAAAAAAAGAUGUAAAUAAUCAUGAAUUUUAAAAUUUGUUUUUUAAAAAAAAAUAUUUAAAAAAAUAAUUGAAUUUUUUGAAAAUUUAAAAAAAAAAAAAAAAAAAAGAUGUAAAUAAUCAUGAAUUUUACGUUAGUGAACUAAUUUCCCGUCUUUAACUUUGAUGUCUUGUCAUUAGGGAAUUAAGGAAAUGCCUUUUUUUUAGCGGGGUAUAAAUAAUUUUGUCUGCCUGGAUCUCAUCUAAGGAAAGCUUGUGUUUAAGCGAGUUAAGUCACUUUUAGCAACAGACGAGACGGUCUCAUUUCUGAGUUUUUAAAGAGAUGGUUUCCCCUAAAGGGAAUUUUUUUUAAAAAAAAGCGAUCCAAAGACCAAUUGCCGCCAAUUGGAAAACUAGCCAAGUAUAGCCUGGUGUCGGAUGCAUGUUUCUGGGAUAACUCGUGUAUAGCCUAACCCGUAAUCAGAUCACGUCAACAAACUGACCACUGACAACACUGUUCUGAGAUAAAGGGAAACUCUGGAAUGGUGAACAAAGUGGAGGGCCAGAUGGCUCAAUCGUGUUGGUGAAAUGGUGUCUUUAAAAAAUGUUCGACUUGACAACAAAAGGCAGGGCCUCGGGAGAAACCUUCGUCGAAUUUCCUUCUGUUUCCCCACGAUUUAUUUCUUGGAUACCAUCUUCAAAUGUACUCAUUGAUCUUCAAAUCACUUUAUUCAUUGCACAUCGAUUCAGGUACUUAAUAUGUAGUGGAAAUAAGGAACAUACGGUAGGUGAAAACUUGAUAAAAGUCAAAGCAAAACAAUGAAAGGUGUCGGCCAGAAGCUUACGUCAGGGAACAACGAAUCUGGCAAAAUGAAAUAUAAAAUAGCAUCAACACAGCUCACAAAAAAAAUGAAUCGCCGUUUCUCAACCAGAGAAAGAAGAACUGGGUUAUGCGUUAAUUAUUUCCUUAUCUUAAAACGUGAUCACUGUCUGCACCAUAUUAUGCCUUAACAUAUGCAGUAGCAGCUUCAUAAAGAGAUGACAAACAUCAAAUUUAAUGAGGUAAAAAAAAUUUUAUAAAUUUUUUUUUUUUUUUUUUUUUUUUAUUUUGUGUGGCAAUUAAAUAGAGGAAUUUGAAGUAGGUAGGUGGUCAUUUAAAGAAAAGAUGACAUUAAUAUAUAUUUAGUGUGUGGCAAUUAAAUAGAGGAAUUUGAAGUAGGUAGGUGGUCAUUAAAAGAAAAGAUGACAUUAAUAUAUAUUUAGUGUGUGGCAAUUAAAUAGAGGAAUUUGAAGUAGGUAGGUGGUCAUUAAAAGUAAAUCUAUAUGAAUGUCAUCUUUUUGAUGAAAAAAAAUAGAAUAAGAUAAAUGCAUGUUCACCGCCUGAAACAAGGCCGUCAACUCUAAACAUAUGUCCAUCGUUUAAUAAUUCUAGAGGUGUUAGAGGUGUUAAUGUUUUCUUAUUUUUUUUUUUUCAUUUUAUUUAAUUUAAUCUUCAUUGGAAUGUAAAGCAUACGCAUACAGUAGUAUGAAAUAACCCAUCUCUCCCCCCCCCCAACUCCUCACCCCACCUUACANCCCCCCCCAAUUACCACAAAAAAAAACAAAAAAAAAACACGUUAAAGUCUUUAACAGUUGCUUCUUAUUUUUUUCAAAAUAAAUUAAAAUAUUUUAAUCCGACAAUAGCAUGGGACAAAAUCUUAAUAAUUAAGGGAAUAUUUGAGAUAAAAGAUAUGCUUCUCUUCUUUAAUGUAAUUAUUGUUUGGGACAUAGACCUAAAAGUUACGACUAUUUUAAAACAUAAGACAUUUCCCACACGAUCGAGACAACUGAAGACAACAUAAGCUAUUUUUUUAAAAUUAAAAUUCUAACGUUGACAAAUAUCACUGAGUAGAACGAGGAAGAGCGGAUAAGAAAGGCCAUCAUAGCCGCCACCCAGAAGAACGACAUCGCCAAGCUGGAAUAUGCCAUAGAGGAGUUUGAGAGAAAUGGUCUUCCAGACAACGGAGACCUGACGAGGGCCAGACACAAACUGGUCCAAUUACAU